GCCUCUGUCAGUCUUCGGCAGUCCUAUGGACACCUCUCCUGUUUUCAGCCCCGCCGUAGUCUCCCAUCUAUAAAACUGACGGCUAGAGAACAGGCACCAAGCGUCCUGUGCUCCACUCACAACCGUCUCUAGCCUUCCCUGAGGAGCCAUCAAACCCUCAGGAAGAUCUGCUGUCACUAGGAGAAACUGAGGCAGAAGGGGCCAGGCUGAUGUCUUAAGUCCGGUUUGUGGACGCUCAGCCUCUAAACCCCUGCUCCAGAUACUGCUUCUCUAUCGUGGCUCUUGGCUGGGUACAACCCACUUCUGUAGUGUAAGGCUGGGGGCGGGGUUUGGCUAGGCAGGUCCAGGAUGCGAGAUCCUGGAAGAAAGAAAAGGUGUACUGUUUGGGGCCAUCAACGAGCUAGGCUGGCUUGGCAGGGCUGAGCUCUUCGAAACAGAACCAUGGAUUUCAGAACCCCUGACCUGCUGGACAUGUGCCUGGAACCUCCAGAAGAUGUCUUCUCAACAGGAUCUUUCCUGGAGCUCGGACUCCAUGGUCCACCUUCAGAAGUUCCCGUGACUAGGCUACAGGAACAGGGGCUGCAAGGCUGGGAGUGCAGUGGGGGCCAUGGCUGUGGUCUUCAAGAGAGUGAGCCUGAAGAUUUCCUGAAACUUUUCAUUGACCCCAAUGAAGUCUACUGCUCAGAAGCAUCUCCUGGCAGUGACAGUGGAAUCUCUGAGGAUCCUGGCCAUCCAGACAGUCCCCCUGCCCCCAAGCCACCCAGUUCCCCUGCCCUCUAUGAGGUUGUCUAUGAGACAGGGACCCUGGAGAGGAUGCAGGGGGAAGCCGGGCCAGCUGUAGGGCUCAUCUCCAUCCAACUAGAUCAGUGGAGCCCCCCAUUUAUGGUGCCUGAGACCUGUGUGGUCAGUGAGCUGCCUCCUGAUGCUCACAUCCUGCCCACAGCAGCUACUGUAAACUCCAUGCCUCCUGCAGCCCUGCAGCUGCCCUGUCAAACCUUGUUCCUGACAGAAGAGGAGAAGCGGCUGCUGGGACAGGAAGGCGUUUCCCUACCCUCUCACCUGCCCCUCACCAAGGCAGAGGAGAGGGUUCUCAAGAAGGUCAGAAGGAAAAUCCGUAACAAGCAGUCAGCUCAGGACAGCCGGCGGCGGAAAAAAGAGUACAUUGAUGGCCUAGAGAGCAGGGUGGCUGCCUGUGCUGCACAGAACCAGGAACUACAGAAAAAAGUCCAGGAGCUAGAGAGGCACAACAUCUCCCUGGUGACUCAGCUCCGCCAGCUGCAGAUGCUUAUUGUCCAAACCUCCAACAGAGCUGCCCAGACUAGCACUUGUGUUCUGAUCCUUCUUUUCUCCUUGGCUCUCAUCAUCUUGCCCAGCUUCAGCCCCUUUCAGGGCCUGCCAGAAGCCAGGCCUGAGGAUUACCAGCCUCAUGGAGUGAUUUCCAGAAACAUCCUUACUCACAGGGACAUGACAGAGAAUCCUGAAAACGCAGUGGUAGAGUCCAGACUGGAGGGGCCACCUGGGGCCAAGGGUGCAAACAGCUCGACAAGGACACUGCCCGAGAAGGUGGGAGGGAGGGCAGGCCCCAGCAGGCACAUCAGAACUGUGUUGCAUGCAGAUGAAAUGUGAGCUUAGCACUUCCUGGCUCACUUCCCAAUCACAAUAAGGAAUCCAGGGCUCUGCUACUGCUCUGCUUCCUCCUGCGGUUCCCACUCAGGGCUCUUUGGCCUCAGGGGUCUGAAUCCCAUAAGGAUGCCCUUGAUGUCUGUACCCCAUGGCUUAGUUGGCCUAUGUCACGGGGAAGCUCAAAUACUUUCAUCAUGUAUCUGUGAUUUUAUUUCUUCGAGGACAGGGUUAAAGGGAAACUGAUGUUUUGGCUAAGAAAUAAAGUUUUUUUGGU